AUGACUUCGUUCAACCAGAAACUAUUUCUACAAUGUUUCGACCAGCUCGCCGAUGUCGAUUCUCUGCGUCGCAAUCAGGCGGUGGAUCGGCUCCUGACAUACCUGGCGUUGCCACCAAGCGCCUCCGAAUCUGAUGAUAACCAUUCUAAAAGCGAUGCAGGCUCCAAAUCAGCCGCAAAGCCUAAAGCCAUGAACCCCCUGUCGGCGCAACGCAACUACAGGUUUAGGUUCACUGUGAAUGACCACAACAUUCUGCAAUACACAGUGGAUCGACUGUUGCGCGGCCUCACAGCUGACCGUAAGGGUUCACGCCAGGGAUUCACAGUGGCGCUACUCUCCGUAUUGUCACUUCACGGCGACAACAUUAAGUGGCAGACAAUUUUGCAGGCGGCACUGGAGUACACCUCGCUAAAGGACGUAUCAUCUUCUGAGGUGAAGGACGUCUUGUGUGGGCGAUUAAUUGCGUUUUUCAUCAUACAGAAAAGUGGAUUUUUCUCUACCCAGCAAGCAUCAGAUGAAUUGGAAAGAGUAAUUCUAAGCAUAUGGGAGGUUUAUGAUGACAAGACAUAUUUUCAGGAUGCAGCCUGUGUGCUCCUAUUUCUGAUAUGCAGAGAUGUGUUCAGGGCUACCCAAGAUGUGGAAUUGACGCUCCGUCACAUAGCUACCAGGCUAUCGGUUGUAUUUGAUCCAAGUUUUGUUGAUGCAGUUUUGAAGAAUGAUAUCGGUGGAGGUCAAGAGAAGGGAAAGAAAGACAGUAAAGCCAAUGUAGUUGCGAUUGGCAAAUCCAUUCCUGGCGUACUUCCGUGCGAUCUCUUGGGGUUAUAUCUGCGGAUGUACGGCUACAUUGCAUCUGUUGAUAAGGAUUUGCUGAAUGGAACUGUUCUGAGCAAAUAUCCUCUAGAUGAGGAGCAUUUUUCCCUGGUCUUGCGAUAUGUAUCCUGCACGCCCCGUAACCACCCAGUCAUUGGUUCAUUCUUUGACACGCUGUUAAAUGCCAUAAUGGCGAGUGAGCAUAAUGAAGCUAGGUUGCUGCAAUUGUGGAAUUCCAUCAACAUGACAAUGCUGAACGCCCAGGGAGGCAGCAGCCCUCAGCGGACAUUCACUGCGCUUAGGCUCCUGGCACUGAUAAUCCUCAAAAUUCGACGCUCGCCAACAUUGAUACACGCCCUCUUAACGUCGUGCGAUGAUAUAUAUAGGACUCUGUCCUACUAUCAUAAAGCCGGCAAGAAAGAUCCAAUUAAAGACAUCGCAUCGUACGUGCUGCGACUCCUCGUCAGCAUAUUACAAGGAGACGUUAAGUUCGCGAUGUCGAAUAAGGUGGAAGGUACUGCGAAUCCGAUUAUUAACGAUUUUAUGGUGUUUACGGGCAUGGAUUGCCUUUUCGAGGAUGCAUCCAUCGACGUAAAAAGUCUCGAGGAACCACAGCCCAACGCCACUUCGGCUUCCCAAAAUGCAGCAACAAAAAAAUCCAGCAAAGUAAAAAAAGCAAAUGCUGGUGAAUCUAAAAAUGAGUCCACGGUUUCUUUGAGUGAUGCGGCCGCGCCUAAGCUUCCAGCAGGCGCAGUGGUGGAUUGCCUGCACAAGAUUGCAAAUACUGUCGAUUUCUCUGCUUCCUCACUCACAGCAUUCCAAAGUCUAUUCGCCGCCUUAAUACGUUCCAGUGCAGAUGUAGUUGCGACAUAUAAGCAGCUGGAAUCGUCUGCUGUAAAUAUUGAUAUUGGAUCCAAUGCGAAGCAUUUCUAUUGGUUAUUGAGUAUGCUUCAGCAAUGCGUUUGGGCAGCUCCCAAGGAUACACGUAUUGAAUUGUUGAAGCGAUACAUCACCAGCAAUGCAUUAUGCGCCUCUAUGUCGGAUGCUUCCUCAUCUGGCUUACAAUUUUCCAUGGCGCGUAUCUUGCUUGAUGACGAUGAGUUCAGGGUUGUUGUGUCAGGAAAGAAUUUGGAAGGUGGCAAGGAUGAUGCGAUUUUACCAGAUGGUACCGCCAACACGUUACAAUUGCUUUCGAAGCACAUGCUAAAUUCGUUCCUGGCUACAUUGUCUAAGACCAUACAAGCCUUGCCAAACAGUAAAAACGAACAUAUGAAAGGCUCCCAUCCAAUUGUUCCCGAAAUCACAAAUACUUCGAAGCUCAUUCGCAAAGUUUACAGUUUGGUGGAACUAGUGUAUAGUCGCGAAGACUAUACCGUGAUGAAGCCAAAAUCAGAGGGCGAACUGCCACUGGUUGAAGUCAAAGUAUCGCGAAAAGAAAAACAUUCUAAGCGGAAGGUUCAUUUCAAAGAUGAAGAUGGGGAUGACAAAAAUCUACGACAUAUUUCCAAUAGGUUAAUAGAAUGCAGUUUGAAACUUGAAGAGGGCACAGAGGACCACAGGUUGGGUGUCAUAUCUCUAUACUACUCCACUCUGGCACUAUUGCUUAUAGUAUUGCAUUAUAGACCUUUGCAUAUAGCGAGACUCUCUCACGGUACUGCACAAGCCGAUGAAGCUAAGCCUCUAUUUUCUGAGGAUAACAUCGAUGUUGUUAUGUCCUUCUCGAAAUUGUGCGAGAAGGCUGCUUUAUCUGGAAAAAUUUCGUUUGACUCCAUUCUCCCUGCUUUAUUGUCAAAAACACUAAUUGAUACGAUUGUUUGUGAGGACAAUUCCACGGUGUUUGGGCUGCUGCAUACUAUCUCGAGGGGAAUCUGGAGUAUGUCGAAGAAUCAUGUCAGUGAAGAUUUGCGCGACUUGCUGCUGCGGAAUUCAAUACUCAAUACAGAUGCGCAAGAUCCGGAGGAAACUGAUGAUGAGACCGAUUCUGAGGACGAAUCCAGCGAAUCAGAAUCGGUGACUGAUAAUGAAGCGUCAAACGGCAUGGAUGUGGAUCUAGAAACUGAGAAAGAUGAAGGUAGUGAGGAUGAUGAUGAAUCGGAUAGUGAAGAGGAGGGGGAGGACGAUGAGGAUGAUAAUGAUGAUGGAUCGGAUAGUGAAAGUGAAGACCAAGAUGAAGACAGUCGAGACGAAAGUAAUGCCGAGGACGAUGAACAGCAUCCUAAUCAACCUCCUUCUAAGAAGGUAAAGCGCGAAAGCAAGGAGGAUGAGUCAGAUGAUGAAUCUGACAUUGAGCUGUCCACCGCAGAAGCUAUCGACGAAUUGCUAAAGGAAGAAAGCGGGAAUCUUGAAGUCCUACGUAUGGAGCGUAUGAAGAUGCACUCAUCAUUCCUUUUGUCCCCUGAAUCACUAAAACCCAAAAUUCGCAAUCUCGAGAUGCUGCAGUCGUGCAUAUCCGAAUGCUCGUUAGACCCAUGGUACCUUGAUGCAAUUAACCAGAUGUUCUCUUCAUAUCAAACAGCAGUGCGCGCUCAUGCAGGUGGCAGUGUGGAUCAGAGGAGUCAAGUAGCUUUGUCCGAAUACAUUAGCAAGCUGACGAAGGUUCUUGGCCACGCAUUGCAGCAGUUCACAAAGCCCGUUGCUAACCAAAAGUCUGGCGAAUCUGGUAAGCAAAAUGAAUCCGAUGCUCCCAAUGCAAAAGCGAAGUUUUCUGAUCCGAAGGGCAUGCUGGAAUCGCUGUUAGACCUAGCGCUACAAAGUGUCAAUAGCCAACGAGCGGAGAAGGCUUCCAAGACUUGCCGUACUCUAGCGGUUGCGGCCUUAGUGUUCGCUAUACAAGUGGAAUCUAUGAUCAGUGAUGGAGCAUCAGUGCAAACGACGAUGGUUAUAUUGGUUGCACUGUUGUCGCUCUGCAUGUUUAAGAACUCCCGAUUGAGUACAAGUCUUUUCGUGCAGCUUUGCAAUCGCCAUCCAGCGGCAUUCGCAAGCUUGAACAUGGUUAAUAUUGCUCUGGAAUCUAAGGUAGAGUUCGUACAGUCUGAAGUGCUGUCGGUCUGCGCUAGUGCUGUGAGUGCAAUCACCGCAAGCAACGUCAAACCUAAGCGACUGUGCCGCCGAAAGUGCGGAAAAAUCCUGGCACAAAUAGAAUCUGAGGGAGAAUGGUUAUUACAUGGUGCGCCGUUUGACAAGCCUAGGAUUUUAUCCUUCGUAACUGAUAACCUGGUUGGAAAUGUGCUCAAAUCCUUGCCUGACCUGUUCACCCGCAUGAAAGAAAAAACUGAUGCUUCUACGGUCGAUACCGAACCACAGGAAUCUGGCAAACGGAAGAUGAAGACAAGGUCAAUUUCUCCGCAGCUUGCAGCGUCAGCUGGGCGGCUUGUAACCGUUGUUGUUCGGCCAGGUGGCAUUAAGCCUGAGAACAAGACAGCUUUGCAGAAUGUUAAGACCUCCAUGAAAAGUCUCUUGGAAACUCUACGCGCAUGUCACGUUAAGGAGAAGCAGCUCCAACCGCUAAGUUAUGCCCUAUCGCAGCUUUGCGCUCGAUUGGGGGAGUAA